UGGGAUCCUGAGCCACUCCCGCUAUCCCCAUUCACACAUCACAGUGUCUUUACCGGGAGCGCGCAGAUCUGCUGGAGACUGGAGACUGACGCGUCCCAACUCUCUGAACGGGACAAAACAACACCGACAAACACGGGGAAACAUCGAGGAACGUCUGCUUCACCUUUAUAAAGACGGCUGGAUGUUCUGUUUCCCUCCGGAGUGGAUUAACGGGAGUUUCAUUCUGAACACGAGGGGGAAGAAUGUCCAAAAUGGAGGUAAAGACAUCACUUCUUGACAACAUGAUAGGGGUGGGCGACAUGGUCCUGCUUGAGCCCCUGUCAGAGGAAACCUUCAUCGGGAACCUGAAGAAGCGCUUUGAGCACAAUGAGAUCUAUACAUAUAUUGGUAGUGUGGUGAUUUCUAUGAACCCCUACAAGGCUCUGCCAAUCUACACAGCAGACAAGGUAGAAGAGUACCGCAACAGGAACUUCUAUGAACUCAGCCCUCACAUUUAUGCUUUGGCAGAUGAAGCAUAUCGGUCUCUACGGGAUCAAGAUAAGGACCAGUGCAUCCUCAUAACUGGAGAAAGUGGUGCAGGAAAGACUGAGGCCAGUAAACUGGUGAUGUCAUAUGUGGCUGCGGUGUGUGGGAAGGGCCAGGAGGUGAACAAGGUGAAGGAGCAACUGCUGCAAUCCAAUCCUGUACUAGAGGCUUUUGGGAAUGCCAAAACUGUGAGGAAUGACAACUCCUCUCGAUUUGGAAAGUACAUGGACAUCGAGUUUGACUUCAAAGGAGAUCCAUUGGGCGGCGUCAUCAGUAACUAUCUUUUGGAGAAAUCUCGUGUUGUGAAGCAGCCAAGAGGAGAGAGAAACUUCCACAUCUUUUAUCAGCUGCUAUCUGGAGCAUCAGAUGAAACACUGAAAAAGCUAAAGUUGGACAGGGAUUUCAGCAAGUAUAAUUAUCUAAGUCUUGACUCUGCAACAGUCAAUGGACUGGAUGAUGCUGCAAAUUUCAGGACUGUUAGGAAUGCCAUGCAGAUUGUGGGCUUCAUGGAGGAUGAGGUGCAGUCAGUGCUGGAGCUGGUGGCUGCAGUGCUCAAGCUGGGCAACAUAGAGUUCAAACCUGAAUCACGUGUCAACGGCUUCGAUGAGAGCCGAGUUAAGGACAAGAACGAUCUAAAGGAGAUGUGUGAGCUGUUGGGCAUUGAUCAGUCAGUGCUGGAACGGGCCUUCAGUUUUCGCACUGUGGAAGCUAAGAUGGAGAAAGUUUCAACUACUCUCAAUGUUGCUCAGGCCUAUUAUGCACGUGAUGCACUUGCCAAAAACUUAUAUAGCCGCAUGUUCAGUUGGUUGGUGAAUCGAAUAAACGAAAGCAUCAAGGCUCAGACCAAAGCCCGGAAGAAGGUUAUGGGGGUCUUGGAUAUUUACGGUUUUGAGAUCUUUGAGGACAACAGCUUUGAGCAGUUCAUCAUAAACUACUGCAAUGAGAAGCUUCAGCAGAUCUUCAUCGAGCUCACUCUGCGUGAGGAGCAGGAGGAGUAUGUGCGUGAGGGCAUUGAAUGGACCAAUAUUGAGUAUUUCAACAAUGCCAUCAUCUGCGACCUCAUUGAAAAUAACCAGAAUGGGAUCUUGGCAAUGCUUGAUGAGGAGUGUCUGCGGCCCGGGACUGUGACAGACGAGACCUUCUUGGACAAGCUGAACACUGUUUGUGCUGAACAUCAGCACUUUGAGAGCCGCCUGAGCAAAAAUUCAAAGUUCCUCACGGACCACAGUUUGCCUCAUAACUGCUUUCGUAUCCAGCACUAUGCUGGCAAGGUGCUGUAUCGGGUAGAGGGCUUUGUAGACAAAAACAAUGACCUACUGUACAGAGACCUGUCCCAGGCUAUGUACAAGGCAAACCACAGCUUGAUGAAAUUACUUUUCCCAGAGGGCAACCCUGCUAAAGUCAACCUGAAGAGACCUCCUACAGCUGGAUUCCAGUUCAAAGCCUCAGUGAGCACACUCAUGAGGAACUUGCAGACCAAGAACCCUAACUACAUUAGAUGCAUCAAACCCAAUGACAAAAAGUUAGCCCAAAUCUUCACAGAUUCACUGGUGUGCCACCAAGUGAACUACCUGGGCCUGAUGGAGAAUGUUCGUGUUAGACGGGCAGGAUACGCCUUUCGCCAGGCUUACGAACCCUGCCUGGAGCGCUACAAGAUGCUCUGCAAGCAGACCUGGCCUCACUGGAAAGGCCCUGCCAGGGAUGGUGUGGAGGUUCUCCUGAAAAACUUGGAGGUACCUGAAGAGGAGUUCGCCUACGGACGCUCCAAGAUCUUUAUCCGGAAUCCCAGAACUCUCUUUUUCCUGGAGGAGAAGAGAAGGCAGUGUCUAGAGAAAUUGGCUACACUCGUCCAGAAGAUCUAUCGUGGCUGGAAGUGUCGCACACAUUUCCUGCUGCUGAAGAAGAGUCAGGUGGUGGUGGCCGCUUGGUACCGCAGAUAUGCCCAACAAAAGAAAUACCAGAAGAUCAAGAGCUCCUCCAUAGUGGUUCAGUCUUUCAUCAGAGGAUGGAAGGCCCGCAAGAUGCUGCGUGAACUGAAAUACCAGAAGAGAUGCAAAGAAGCAGUGACCACUAUUGCAGCCUACUGGCAUGGAACACAGGCUCGCUGGGAACUGAAGUGUCUGAAGGAGGCGAUUCGGAAUAAACACGCCGUGUCUGCCAUUUGGGCAGCCUGGCUGGGAAUGAAGGCAAGGAGAGAACUGCAGAGCUUAAAGCAUGAGGCUCGGCGUAAACACGCCGUGUCCAUCAUAUGGGCCGGCUGGCAAGGAACUAAGGCACGCAGAGAGCUAAAACGGCUGAAGGAGGAGGCCAGGCGUAAGCAUGCUGUUGCGGUCAUUUGGGCGUACUGGUUGGGACUCAAGGUCCGAAGAGAAUACAGGAAGUUCUUCAGAGCAAAUGCUGGCAAGAAAAUCUACGACUUCAUUAUCCAGAGACUUAUGCAGAAGUAUUUCAUUACUUUGAAGAACACAUUGCCUUCAAUGUCUCCAAUUGAUAAGAGCUGGCCAUCAAGAUCUUACCUGUUUCUGGAGGGCACACAUGAGGAACUUCGAAAGAUCUUUCAUCUAUGGAGGUGCAAGAAAUACAGAAGCCAGUUCACAGAAGAGAAGAAGGCCAUCUAUGAGGAGAAACUGGAAGCAAGUAAGAUCUUCAAAGAUAAGAAGGCUCUGUACCCCACCAGUGUAGGGCAGCCAUUCAAAGGAGAUUAUCUGGAGAUUAAGAAAAACCCCAAGUACCAGAAGCUAAACAGUGUGGUAGAUGAGAAGGUGCUUCUUGCAGAUGUAGUCAAUAAAAUCAACAGGGCCAAUGGCAAGGGCGCUUCCAGGAUCUUCCUUCUCACCAAGAAAAACUUUAUUCUGGCUGAUCAGAAGACAGGCCAGUUGAAAGCCAGCAUACCGCUUCCUGAUCUUGCCAGUGUCUCUGUCAGCACACAGAAUGAUGGCUUCUUUGCUCUAAAACUCAAAGAGGGCACUACGUCAGCAGCCAAAGGUGACUUCUUGCUGAGCAGUGAUCGAUUAAUAGAGAUCAUCACCAAGAUCUACUGCACAGGUGCUGCUUCAACCAACAUGGAGCCAAUCAGCGUUGACAUCUCAGAUGAAUUCCUUGUGCAAUUCAAGCAGGACAAAGUGUGUGUCAAAUUCAUCCAAGGUGGACCCAAGAGCAGCAAUCAAGUCAGCUGCAAACGUAAAAACAACCGGCUCCUGGAGGUGUCUGUUCCAUCUCCUUAAUGACCAGUCAUCUUCACUCCCUCUCAGAGUGCCAUUUCUGUGACUCUUCACCAUCAAAUCCAAACUUAAACAACUUUCCUAAAUGGCUGUGCAUUAACUAAUGAUGCUCUUGUCAUUGCCAUAUCUUAUAUUUUUAAAAACUUCAUUGUUGAGGCUCAAAUAUUCCAUACAGCAGUAUUUGAGUACAUAAGGCAGACCUCAUAUUUACAUUAGGAUAGAGAUGGGAGGUGAUUAUUUCCUCACCAUGAUCUAGUAGAGUGCAUUAAAUAUCCUGUUUAAUCAAGGCAUUAAUAAUAACGGUAGUAAUUACGAUGAUAAAGAUGUUUGACGUCAUGUAGAGUCAGGCCAUCAUGUACAUGUGAAUGGGCUGAAAAAUAAGCAGAAACUAAGGUUGCACUUAUUUUGUUUACACAAGGGUCAGAGAAGUCAUUUUGAUGGUUUGUUUUUGCUUUCUUCUUUUUUUGUUGUUGUUUUUGUUGUUUUUUUUUACCCCUACACAUCUUAAUUCUUACGGUGCACAAUCAUUUUGCUGAAUUGCCAAAGUUUUAUAAUUUUGCCAAAUAAGUAAACUCAGAAAACCAAAAGGACUUUUGAAUCUUGUGUUUGAUCCAAAUGUACCUUUUCAAAAUGGAAAAUAAUAUUUUGUAUACUAUUUGUUUCUUGUGCAAAAUGCAGUUCAGCUGCCAUGUAUACAAACUGACAGUACCCAACAAUGCCAUGUUUCAUCUCUCAGAGGAUUCUGCUUCUUCACCCUGCUGUGUUUAGGAAAUAUCUGAGAUACUGACAGCUACAGAGCUCAGGAAGACCUUGCAGAAAAUCAUAGUACCACCAUUAUGCCUAUAAUGUGCUUGAUUUGACAUUCUCAGUUCUCUGAAUUGAGGGCGUCCGCUUCAGUGAAGAACUUGAUAAGUGAGCUGAACUGAUUUCAAAGGGAAUUCAAUUAGUUAGUAUGAUGUCUUGCUUUAUCACUCAUAACUGCUUGUACACUAGCCAAUUCAUAAAACCUACAGGGAUGAUUUUUAGGAAACCCUAUUUUGUGUAUGUUGAGGGCUAAGAAUAGUAGCUGAUAUUUAUUUACUUAUUUCUUAUAUUUUUCACAUUCUCACGAUUGGAAUAUUGGUGGAUUACCUUUAUGUUUUAGCUGGCAAAUGAUAUACACAGUAAUAUACCUGGGACUAAUCCUUAUGUUUUUGAGUGAAAAGCUUAUACAUUGACUUAUUUCAAAUGUUGGAAUGCUAACAGACCAACAUGCACCUACAGCACAGAAGAAAAAAAAACACACACACACCACAGGAUAACUACAUGUUCAUUUGAAGAUUUUUCCACUGAUCAGGAAUGUGAGUGCUUUGCUUUUUUAAUGUACUUAAUAUAAAAAAAUUUUCUUUAUUCUUCUGUGGACAUUUUGUGUUGUUAAAUUUAUGAAGAUCUUAGCAGACGUUUCUGAAGACACAGCCCAUGGGAGAGGAUUUAACAUUUGCUCCUGCAGGUGUUUAUUCAUUUUCAAGCUUUUAUGAAUAUGUAAUUUUACAGUAAACGGUAGUUACGAGGAAUAGAUUAUUGUCCCCUUUCAUGAUGGUGCAUGGGGAAAUUGUGCAAAUGUUCUUUGAUUGUGUACAGUUUCAGUCUUUAAUGCAGUAUGCUAUAGUUAAUCUCUUUUGUGUCAGGAAGUUGCAAAGAAAAGAACUUCAUGUCUAUUUUCCAUGCCUAAAUGUAACCUGUUGUAUCAAGAGAUCUUAAAUUUUCUUAAAUUAAUGCAACAAAUAAAUGCUGGGCAAAUCAA